CAGAGACUCCAACAACUCCUCUCAAGUCCCAUCUUCUCUGUGGACAGGUCGGCCGGCUGAGACAUCUUCUCGUUCUGUGCUCGUGAACAAUCUUUCACGAAUUCGAGUGUAGGAUCGCGCAAACUUCACGCUGUGGAAAUUCAGGGCGUUUAAUUAACCAGAAAGAAAAAAAAAGAAUGGGUGUAGGAAGCGAAAUCGGAAGUCAGGGCUACCAGACAGAUCUGGAGUCGGAGUCUGACACGGGAAGCACGAGAAUUGGGUUGAGUGGCCCCUUGAGUGGUCCUCUGAGUGGCCCAUUAGUGACCAGUACAAAGAAGAGCGGCAACAGACGAAGUGCAAGGUUCAAGGACGGAGACGACUAUGUAGAGAUCACACUGGACGUCCGCGAGGACUCGGUCUCGGUGCAGAAUGUUAAAGGAGGAGACCAUGAAACGGCAGUGCUGGCGAGUCGACUGGAGACGACGACGACGACGAGGACUUCCUUGGGGUCCCUCCUGGGAUCCCAAUUCUCAAUGAAGAUAAAGCAGGUGUCGAAGGAGCUGAAGCGCAUGGCUUCCUCCAAUAGGUUCAACAGGCUCGAUAGAACCAAGUCCACCGCCACCCGUGCCUUACGAGGGCUCCAGUUUAUCACCGAGAACGUCGGCACCGAUGGCUGGGCCGAGGUUGAAAGCCGGUUCAGUGAGUUGCAGGUCGACGGUUCGCUUCCCAGGUCUCGCUUUGGUAAAUGCAUAGGAAUGAGCGAAUCGGACGAGUUCGCUGGUGAAUUAUUCGACGCGUUGGCUCGUAAGAGAGGAAUAGUGUCUCAUCUGAUUACCAAAGCUGAGCUUCGCGAGUUCUGGGAGCAAUUAACUGAUCAGAGCUUCGAUGCCAGGCUUCAGACCUUCUUUGACAUGAUUGACAAGAAUGCAGAUGGGAGAAUCGCAGAGGAAGAAGUGAAAGAGCUUAUCACGCUUAGUGCUUCGGCUAACAAGCUGUCAAAGAUCCUGGAAAGUGCUGAUGAAUACACGGCCAUGAUCAUGGAAGAAUUGGACCCUGACAACCUGGGUUACAUUGAGGUUCAUAGCUUGGAGACAUUACUGUUGCAAGCCCCGAAUCAGUACUCCACGAAUUUGGGGACCCAGAGUCGUAAACUGAGCCAAAUGUUGAGUCAGAAGCUGGUGCAGACCCAGGAGCCUAAUCCCAUCAAGCGGUACUACCGGAAGGCGGCCUACUUCCUAGAGGACAAUUGGAAGCGGGUGUGGGUGCUGGCGCUCUGGAUUUCCAUCUGUGCCGGGCUCUUCACAUGGAAGUUCAUCCAGUACAAGAAUCGGGAGGUGUUUGAUAUAAUGGGCUACUGUGUUACCACGGCCAAGGGCGGAGCCGAGACGACCAAGCUCAACAUGGCCAUUAUUCUGCUCCCUGUAUGCAGAAACACCAUAACCUGGCUGAGGAGCAGAACCAAGCUGGGGCUAAUUGUUCCCUUCGACGACAACAUAAACUUCCAUAAGGUCAUCGCUCUGGGGAUUGCGAUAGGAGUGGGGCUGCACGCUGGUGCCCACUUAACUUGUGAUUUCCCUCGGCUUCUGCACGUCACGGACCAACAGUAUGAGCCGAUGAAGCCUUUCUUCGGCGCGACACGCCCUCCCAACUACUGGUGGUUCGUCGAAGGAACGGAGGGUUGGACGGGAGUGGUGAUGCUGGUGCUCAUGAUCAUCGCUUACGUAUUAGCCCAACCGUGGUUCAGAAGGAACAAGCUCAAGGACAAGCUUCCUAAACCCCUCAAGAGGCUCACUGGUUACAAUGCCUUCUGGUACUCCCACCACCUCUUCUUCAUUGUCUACGUCCUCUUCAUCGUUCAUGGCUACUUCCUCUACCUCCAGAAGACAUGGUACAAGAAAACAACAUGGAUGUAUCUGGUACUCCCGCUCACAUUGUAUGCAAGCGAGCGUCUGCUUAGUGCCUUCAGGUCUGGCUAUAAGACGGUGAAGAUUUUGAAGGUUGCUGUGUAUCCCGGAAAUGUGCUGGCGCUCCAUAUGUCCAAACCCCAGGGAUUUAAGUACAAAAGUGGACAGUAUAUCUUUGUCAAAUGUUCUGCUGUUUCUUCUUUGCAAUGGCAUCCUUUCUCCAUAACAUCAGCUCCUGGAGACGAUUACCUGAGUGUUCAUAUUCGCACAUUAGGUGACUGGACAUCACAGCUCAAAUCCGUCUUCUCUCAGGUUUGUCAACCUCCAUCCGCGGAUCAGAGUGGACUUCUCAGGGCUGAUAUCAACACAGGCAAUAACGCUCCCAGGUUGCCCAGGCUGUUGAUCGAUGGCCCAUACGGAGCUCCGGCACAGGAUUAUAAAGAAUAUGAUGUCCUCCUCCUUGUUGGGCUGGGGAUCGGAGCGACGCCAUUGAUCAGUAUAGUGAAGGACGUGCUGAACAACAUCAAGCAACAGAAGGAUAUUGAAGAAGGGAGUGUGGUGCAGAGUGGGGGUGGUGCUAAGUCCAACAAGAAGAAACCCUUCGCCACAAAACAAGCCUACUUUUACUGGGUCACCCGUGAGCAGGGAUCAUUUGAAUGGUUCAGGGGAGUAUUGAAUGAAGUGGCGGAGUAUGAUCGAGAUGGGGUGAUUGAGCUGCACAACUAUUGCACCAGUGUGUAUGAAGAGGGUGAUGCUCGAUCCGCGCUCAUUGCCAUGCUUCAGUCCCUCCAGCACGCCAAGUAUGGCGUAGACAUCGUGUCCGGGACACGAGUCAAGACACACUUUGCCAGGCCAAACUGGCGCAACGUAUUCAAGCAUGUGGCCGUUAACCACCCAGAUCAGCGCGUCGGUGUGUUCUAUUGUGGGGCUCCUGGUUUGACUGGGGAAUUACGACGAUUAGCUCGGGACUUUUCGAGGAAGACUCCGACCAAGUUUGAGUUCCACAAGGAGAACUUUUGAGUUCGAUACAUACAGGAUCGAUCUAUUUUGUAAAGGUCAUAUGUAGAAAAUCAUUAGCAAUACGAAAAGUGCUAUUUCAUUUUUAGUUUC